GCUGCUUGCCGCUGCAGCCACCAGAGCAGAGCCCAGAGUAUACUUUGCCAGAGAAAGCAGUGAGCAAGAAUGAUAGCUGUCUCUUUUAAAUGCCGCUGUCAAAUUCUGAGGCGACUUACUAAAGAUGAGAGUCCCUACACUAAAUCCGCCAGCCAGACAAAGCCGCCUGAUGGAUCAUUGGCUGUGAGGAGACAGAGCAUUCCAGAGGAAUUCAAAGGCUCCACCGUGGUAGAACUGAUGAAGAAGGAAGGCACCACCCUGGGUCUGACCGUCUCAGGAGGAAUUGAUAAGGAUGGAAAGCCAAGAGUGUCUAACCUGCGGCAAGGAGGAAUUGCUGCCAGAAGUGACCAGCUGGAUGUAGGCGAUUACAUCAAAGCAGUGAAUGGGAUCAACCUGGCCAAAUUCCGCCAUGAUGAGAUCAUAAGCUUGCUGAAGAAUGUUGGGGAACGAGUAGUUCUUGAAGUGGAGUAUGAACUUCCACCAGUCUCUGUACAAGGAUCAAGUGUUAUUUUCCGAACAGUGGAGGUCACAUUGCAUAAAGAAGGCAAUACCUUUGGUUUUGUAAUACGAGGGGGAGCCCAUGAUGAUCGAAAUAAAUCUCGUCCAGUUGUGAUAACGUGUGUUCGUCCUGGAGGGCCUGCUGACAGGGAAGGAACUAUCAAACCUGGUGAUAGACUGCUCAGUGUGGAUGGAAUUCGACUUCUUGGAACCACACAUGCUGAAGCCAUGAGUAUUCUUAAACAAUGUGGACAAGAAGCAACGCUGCUGAUAGAAUAUGAUGUCUCCGUGAUGGAUUCUGUGGCAACAGCAUCAGGGCCACUACUAGUUGAAGUUGCCAAAACUCCCGGUGCCAGCCUUGGGGUCGCCCUAACUACCUCGAUGUGCUGUAACAAACAGGUCAUUGUCAUAGACAAAAUCAAAUCUGCAAGUAUUGCAGACAGAUGCGGGGCGCUGCACGUGGGCGACCACAUUCUCUCCAUCGACGGCACUGGAAUGGAGUACUGUACUCUGGCAGAAGCGACCCAGUUCCUGGCAAACACCACCGACCAGGUCAAGCUGGAGAUUCUUCCACAUCAUCAGACCCGCCUGGCCUUGAAGGGUCCUGACCAUGUGAAAAUUCAGAGGAGCGACAGACAACUUCCCUGGGAUUCCUGGGCCAACAACCAGUGCAGCCUUCACACCAACCAUCACUGUAACACGCACCACCCCGACCUCUGCCGAGCACCAGCCCUGACCCUCCCGAAAGCACCUCCUCCCAACAGCCCUCCAGCUGUGGUGUCUUCAUCCUUCUCUCCUACCUCCAUGAGUGCAUACAGCCUGAGUUCCCUGAAUAUGGGCACUUUACCUCGAAGCCUCUACUCCACCAGCCCACGAGGAACCAUGAUGAGGAGGAGACUGAAAAAGAAAGACUUCAAAAGCUCUCUGUCUUUGGCCUCGAGCACCGUGGGGAUGGCUGGACAGGUGGUUCACACAGAAACCACUGAGGUUGUACUGACGGCAGAUCCCGUCACCGGAUUUGGAAUCCAACUGCAAGGCAGUGUGUUUGCCACAGAGACACUCUCUUCCCCACCUCUGAUUUCCUAUAUCGAAGCUGACAGCCCAGCAGAGAGAUGUGGGGUGCUCCAGAUUGGAGAUAGAGUGAUGGCCAUUAAUGGAAUUCCAACUGAAGACAGCACUUUUGAGGAAGCCAAUCAACUCCUCCGAGACUCUUCCAUCACGAGCAAGGUCACACUGGAGAUCGAGUUUGAUGUUGCAGAAUCUGUCAUCCCAAGCAGUGGAACCUUUCACGUAAAGCUCCCUAAGAAGCACAACGUGGAACUUGGAAUAACCAUCAGCUCACCAUCCAGUAGAAAACCAGGUGACCCCCUUGUCAUUUCAGAUAUCAAGAAAGGGAGUGUGGCACACAGAACUGGGACCCUGGAACUUGGGGAUAAACUGCUUGCCAUAGAUAAUAUCCGGUUGGACAACUGUUCCAUGGAAGAUGCGGUCCAGAUCCUCCAGCAGUGCGAAGACCUGGUGAAGCUCAAGAUCCGCAAAGAUGAAGAUAAUUCAGAUGAGCAAGAAAGUUCUGGAGCAAUUAUUUACACCGUGGAGCUAAAACGCUACGGUGGACCCCUUGGCAUCACAAUCUCAGGAACCGAAGAGCCAUUUGAUCCUAUAAUCAUCUCGAGCCUCACUAAAGGAGGAUUAGCUGAAAGAACGGGUGCAAUCCACAUAGGAGACCGAAUCCUAGCCAUCAACAGCAGCAGCUUGAAAGGGAAGCCUCUGAGCGAAGCCAUCCAUUUGUUACAGAUGGCAGGAGAGACUGUCACCUUGAAAAUUAAGAAACAGACAGAUGCCCCGUCAGCAUCAAGUCCCAAGAAGUUUCCUAUCCCCAGCCACCUGAGUGACCUGGGAGAUGUGGAGGAAGAUUCCUCCUCAACACAGAAGCCAGGCAAGCUCUCAGACCUGUACCCCUCUACCGUGCCCAGUGUGGACAGUGCUGUGGAAUCAUGGGAUGGGUCAGGAAUAGAUACCAGCUAUGGGAAUCAAGGCACCACUUUUCAGGCCACAGGAUACAAUUUCAACACCUAUGACUGGAGGAGUCCAAAGCAAAGAGGCAGCUUGUCGCCUGUCCCCAAGCCUCGGAGCCAGACUUACCCAGAUGUGGGGCUGAGUAAUGAAGAAUGGGACCGGUCUACAGCCAGUGGUUUUGCAGGACCUUCUGACAGCGUGGAGGCUGAGCAAGAAGAGAACUUCUGGUCUCAGGCACUGGAGGAUUUGGAAACCUGUGGACAGUCAGGAAUCCUGAGAGAACUUGAGGAGAAAGCUGACAGGCGUGUGUCAUUGAGAAACAUGACUCUCUUGGCAACAAUCAUGUCGGGGAGCACUAUGAGUUUGAAUCAUGAGGCUCCAACACCUCGCAGUCAGCUGGGGCGACAGGCCAGCUUCCAGGAAAGGAGCAGCUCUCGACCACACUACAGCCAAACAACUCGGAGCAACACCCUGCCCUCAGACGUGGGCAGGAAGUCUGUGACACUGAGAAAAAUGAAACAAGAAAUAAAGGAGAUCAUGUCCCCAACUCCUGUGGAGCUGCACAAGGUGACCUUGUUCAAGGACUCUGGCAUGGAGGACUUUGGGUUCAGUGUUGCAGAUGGCUUGCUGGAGAAAGGCGUGUAUGUGAAAAAUAUUCGUCCAGCGGGGCCAGGUGAUCUUGGUGGCUUAAAGCCCUAUGACAGGCUCUUACAGGUUAAUCAUGUCCGGACAAGGGACUUUGACUGCUGCCUUGUGGUGCCUCUCAUAGCGGAAUCUGGAAAUAAGCUGGACCUGGUUAUUAGUAGAAACCCGCUGGCUUCCCAGAAGUCCAUAGAGCAGCAGAGUCUACCUGGAGGAGACUGGAGUGAACAAAACAGUGCUUUCUUCCAGCAGCCUAGUCACAGUGGUAAUCUAGAGACACGAGAGCCCACUAAUACCUUAUAGCAACACUUUUAUAAAGCAAGACAAAAGACAAUAUCUACAUGGUGCUAAAAAAAAAAAAAUCCCUCUGAGAUUUCUGUGACAUUUGAAGCACAGAUAAUCAUACGGCAUUGACUACAAGCACAGGGGUCUUUUAAAUCUCUCUCAUGGCUCAUGUUCACUCCCUUUUCAACUUGAAGAGGUUUCUUUUUUGGUGACCAAUCACUAUGGUAAUAAGGUAGGCAAUUCCAUGCCAGGCCCAAUGGUAGAGGAAAAAAAAAAAGAAAAAAGAAAAAAAAAAGGAAAAACAGAAAAACAGACCACCCCUCCCCAUAAAUUAACAUCAAAGGAAUAUUUUUUACCAGUUCAUCUAUCACUUUUUACAAAAAGAAAUGUCUGUUUAAAAAAAAAGAAAAAUGUUCUCUUACGAUAAUUCCCUUAAUUCACUUUGAAAUCAGUUUCUUACUAUGAAGUCAUUCAUGUAAGAACUUGAACAACAUGGGUUUUCAUGAAGCUGGCUCUGCUGGGGGCUUAGUACUGAGUAAGCUGCUUGGGACUGCUGUAAUGGGAGGGGUCCAGGGGAUAAAAUUAAGCUAUCUGAAAAUGUUUCAGCAAUGAUGCACGUAGGAGACAAUAAUAGGUGGUGGUAAAUGUUUUGCUCAAAUAUAGGAAUGAUUUUAUCUAGAUGUAUACUAUUCCCUAUGCAACAAAUUAUCAAACAGGAUAUGUCUUGUGACCUGUUAUUGUUUUUUAAGGACACAUUUUUUAAUAGCUAAAAAUCGCUAAUAAUGAAUUAGACUGUGUAGUAACACUGAAAAUUAGUUCUACUAUCCUAUUUUUAAAAUUCAAGACUAAGAAUUUAAGAGAGAAUGAAGAGUCUAUUAAAAAGAGAUUCAUCUUAAUGAUAGGAAAAUCAUACUGCUUGACAAGUUUUGAACAUGGGGAAGAUGGAGGGGGUGUACAGCACAUGUACUUAAAAAUGACACUGGACCAUCUUUUGUUCUGAGCCAUGCCACUUACAGACACUGUAAAUACAUGUUCCACAAAAUUCAUUGCCAAUUAUGACCAUCCCUCAAAGCAAUAAAUUGUGGCAGUUGCUUUUAAUGUUCGUCAGCAACUGUUUUAAUUUGUUCAGAUAUUUUGAAUAGCUACGCUAAUAACUAUUAUUUGGUAAAUAUAAAAAAUAGAUCUGUAUAUUGAUGGUAGAAUGUUGAAACAAUUAUUUUCCAAACAUGUUCAUUUUGGUCAAUAAGUCAAACAAUCACUUAGGCAAAGCGUUCAAACACUGUGUACUUUGUUUUAAGGAAGAAGUUCACCUUCUUGUGCAAAGAAAUAUAUUAUUUCAAUCACAUUUCAGAACCACCAGGGCAAGAAAGUAUAGAGCAGAAUCAUGUUAAGGAAAAAAAAAAAGAUCAUGAGUCACUUAAAUAUGUAUUUUUAUUUGUAACAAACAAGUAUUAAACUGUAAAGUAUUUUUGUACAAAUUUAAUACUUUAAUAGCAUGGUAUUUAUCGUCUAUGUAUGGUUUUGGGGAAUUCAAAAUGUUGCAAAUAUUUGUAUGGGGAAAAAAAGAUCCCUCUACCAAAUGGAAUAAACAGUGAUUUUAAAAAGCAAAAAAAAAAAAUGCAUCUAUGGUGCAUUGAAUACAUUUUUGUGUUCUAGCUUGAAUCCUAUAGAAUGUUCUGAAGUGGAAGGGUUUACCAGAACCUUUAAAAAGCAUUAUGAACAAAUGGGUUGACCAUGAACUUUAAAGUCACAGUUAGAUUUGGAAGCCAGAUUAACUACCUGUAACACUGAGGGCUAUAUUUGCACUAUAGGACUGUUGGAGGAGUAAGGGAGCAGUAUGUGAAAAUGGCUAAAAACAUCUGCACAUAGGAACCCUUCCAAGUGGUAAAACAUUGUAACUUAAGGAUCAUAAGAUCUGCCUUCACAGAAAACUACACAUACUAUAUGAGGUACAUUUAUAUUAACUAUUAAAAUUGUAAACUUUGUGUUAUUAUUAAAAAAACAAUCAUACCUAUAGUCCCUGGCACAAGCCCUUAGAGUCACAUUCAUUUUUACACAGUUGCAUUCUGGAUGCACAAGGUUACAUGGGAGAAUAUAUGUUCUUUUCAGUAGCCCAGGGAAAUUCCUCCAAAAUAAACCACAUUAUAGGAUAUAAAAUAGGGCUUCACAAAUACAAAAACAAUAGAAUCUCUUGUAUAUUAACAUAUCAUGAUGUAAUCUGAAAUUAGAAGUGCAACUAAAAUAUGGAAGUGAAUAAUACAUAUGGAAAGUGAAUAAUAUACAUCCUUCCAUUGAAGAAAUUGGGAGGAAAUUUCUAAAAUUUUCAGAGCCAAAUGAAAAUGAAAAUAUACCUUACCAGAAUCUGUGUGAUAUAGCACAUAGAUAUAGCAGGUCUAACAAGGGAAGUUUAUAGCCAUGAGUGCCUAUGGUAAAGAUAAAUACAAAAGAGAGCUCUUAAACAAAUAACUUCAUGAUUUAAUGAUGUACUUCAAGGUAUUAGCCAAAACCAAAAUUAGUAGAUGAAAAAAAAAGUAUAAAGCUCAAGAUAGAAAGUAAUGAAAUAAGAAACUCAAAAAUCCAUACAAAGGAUCAAUAUAACAGUUGGUUAGAUUAACAAAUGCUUAAUCAAACUAAUCAAAAGAAAGAGAAGACAUACACAAAUUAAUAAGAGUCAAGAUGGGAAGGGGGAUUUAAAAUAUACCACUGAAAUCAGAGGAUGAUUAUGGAAUAUUUUUAAAUUUUAUAUUCCAAAAUGUUAGAAAAUACAGAAAAAAAUAUAAAUUUCCAGACACAUAGGACUUACCAAAAUUGAACUGAGAUAGUAUAAACAACCUAAACAGAUCUUUAACAAGCAAUGGUACUGAAGCAAUAAUAAUGAACAUCCCAAUAAAAAAAAAUGUUCAGGACCAAAUAGGUUAACUGCUGACUUCUACCGAAUCUUUAAAGAACACUGAUGACCCUCAAACUAUUCUAUAAAAUAGCAAGGGAAGGAAUUCCAAAUGCAUACUACAAAACCAGUAUUACUCUGAUACCAAAACAAGACAGGAAUACAAAAACAUUUUUAAAAGGAUGGAGGAAAAGACAAAAGGAAGAAAGGAGGGAGAAAGGGAGGUGAGGACUUACUUUCCAAAUGAACAUAGAAAAAAAAUCUCAAUAAAAUGCUUGCAGACCAAGUUAAACAAUACAUUAAAAAGGUUAUAUAUUAGCUGGGAAUGUGGCUUAGUGGUAGAGUGAUUGCUUAGCAUGCAUGAAGCCCUG